AUGCCGGGGUUCACUAAUUCAGUGUUGGCUAAUAGAUUGAAGAAGGUGAUGCAUAAAUUAGUUUCUGAAUUUCAGGGUACAUUUAUAAAAGGUAAACAGAUUCUUGAUGGUGCUCUUAUUGCUGGUGAAUGUGUGGAUAGUAGGCUGAAUUCUAAGAAACCUGGUAUUCUGUGCAAAGUUGAUAUGGAGAAGAUUCUUUCAAAGUUGGUAGAUGAUGCUGUGUUGAGAAAGAAAAUUACAGGUUUUCAGGUGGAAGAUGAAGAAACUGUUAUUUCUCAUUUGCAGUUUGCAGAUGAUACAUUACUCUUUGUUGAUGCUAAUGUGGAGGAUGUUAGAAGAUUGUUGAUUAUUCUUACUUCUUUUGAGUUAUUGAAAAUUAUGAAACUGAAGUUGGAGAAGAGUUCCAUGAUAAGUGUAGGUGCUGAUGAAUUUAUUGGUGAUCUAGCUUUGGAGUUGGGUUGUAAGGUGGAGAAAUUACCAUUUAAAUACUUAGGAUUACCUAUUGGUGCUACAACAAGAUGCACAAGUGUUUGGGAGGAGGUUAUCAAAAGAAUGGAAGUAAAGUUGGUUACAUGGAAGAAAAGAUUUCUUUCAAAAGCUGGAAGUGUAGAGAAGAAGCUUAACAAGUUGAUGAGGAAUUUCUUGUGGGAUUCUACUGAAGAGAGAAUAAGAAUGUUUUGGGUAUCAUGGCUUAAGAUUUGUAAACCAAAACAUUUAGGUGGUUUGGGCAUUCAGAACUUAAGAUGUACAAGCAAAGCUUUAAAAGCUAAAUGGGUUUGGAGAUAUGUAAAUGAGAAGAGAGAUUUAUGGAGAAGAAUAGUUCAACAGAAGAUGAAGAAUGGUGUUGAAUUGGUCUUCUUUGGCCCACUGAAGAACAGAUAUCCAACUAUUUUUAAGGCACUCAGCAAUAAGAAUGCUUCUCUUUUGGAUAUGAUUGAGAAUGGGAGGUUGAAAUGUCAGACUAGAAGAAGAUUAUACCAGAAUGAACAAUUUGAAUGGGAUAUGUUGUGUAAUGAUCUUGGUCAUGUUCAUGGAUUGAAUGAAGAAGAAUAUGUGGUGGAGGUCAUGGAAGAUUUUUCAGUUAAGAAGUGCUAUGAGUUAUUAGUUCAAGAUGAUACUAGAUGGGACUUUAACAGGUUUUUAUGGAAACAAGGUAUACCACCUAAGGUAAGUUUCAUGCUCUGGGCUACAUUUCAUGAUUCUCUACCUACUCUUUCAAUGCUCAAGCACAAAGGGCUGGAUAUUGAAAACACCUUGUGUCUUUUCUGUAAGAGGGACGAGGAAUGUGCAUACCAUUUUUUUGUUGGAUGCUCUUUAACCCAUGAAGUUUGGUGUCAUUUCAUUAAGGCAUUUAAACUAUCCUGGGUUGCUCCUAUUUCAGUGAAGAAUUUAUUUCUAGCUUGGAAUUUGAACAACCUCCAUGACAGAUGUAAAAGGAUAUGGUGGAAGGUGAUUUAUGCAGUGUGUUGGCAACUGUGGACUGAGAGAAACAGAAGAAAUAAUGGAGGCAGAGUUAUGACAGUGGAGGAGGUCUUAAUGUUGGUUAAGCAGAAUAUUGUGCUUGGGUGUUCUUAG